AUGAAUUUGGACGACACCAUUUUGCAGCUGAAGGACAAGAUUUCCAUGAUGAAGACACGUCAGAAACUAAAACUGCAGGAGAUGUCGGUGAGGUUGAAAUCGGGUGAGGAAUUGCAUGACCAUUGUUCGCUGCGAGAUUGUGGGAUGUUAAAUAUUUCACAUGUUUACGUGCACAAAACAUUGCCACAACAACCGAGAUUAAGUUCUGCAGCUUUCGGACCAAAGAUGUUGAAGUUGAUGGUGGUUCUCAAGGGUGGGACUCACAAGAUACCUAUUGAAGUCAAUUCUCUUAACAGAGUGGAAGAAUUGAAGUUUGAGUUGGAAAAGUUUCACAAACAUCUUCUUCCCGAAAACGGUCGUUAUUUCUUCACUUACCAGAAGAAGGGUUAUGUCAUGUCUGAUACACAUGCUUUUAGUUGGUAUAUGAUUGAAGAUGGUGACACCAUUCAAAUCACUCCUCAACAAGAAUAG